AUGUCUCAAGCACAGCGCCGGCGCGAGCAGACGAUGACAUCCAAGAAGGGGUCAGGGCUAGACGCCAAUCGUGUGGCUAUAUACAUCAUGUCGGACCUAAGCAGCGGUUUCACGCAGCGCAUGAAGCGGGACGAAGACCUUGCAGUCGCACUGGGCGCACCAAAGAGCGACGACGCUGAGUGGAUCCAACCGACCGGUAAACGGCCGGGCCAAGUCCACUACUAUACACUCAGCCGACCCGGACUGUUUUCUCACGUAAUCACGAUGGAGGUUGUCUACGGGCUCACAAAGCAUUUGAACUCAUCACGGAUGCGACAAUUUCAUGUAUCGGCCACAGCAGCCUACAUCUGCGAUGGUCCGAUCCAGAGUCCCUCCCGUCAUUUCUGUUAUCGGACAGAUAAGAGCCCGAUGGCCGUUUCCGAAGGUUAUCGGCGACUCUGCAUGUCUAAUGUGACGAUCCCUCCUAGUCUGGCAAUCAAGGAGGUUCCCACCUCUCGCACGCUGUCUUUGAACCAGUCAGGCCCAUCUACCUCUCGCGAAGAUCGCGCUUUGCGCGCAAUACAGCCACCACCCAUCGCGUCAUCUUCGACAGCUCGCGGUGCAACUGCGACUGGGGAGAAUGCCUCUAUCUCUCAUCUGCCCUCAUCCCUGCCUGCGAAACCGUCGGAGUCUUCCAAGCGCCCAGUCAAAGCAUCUCCGGAGACGCCUACGUUGGACGACCCCACAAGCGCAUCUGUACCGCCACUUCCGACGCCAACUGCGCACACAGAGUCUGCGACCCACCCACCGUUGCUUUCCAUGGAUGCUAUUGAGCGGGCGCUGGCAGACCCCGCCUUGAGCUCACCGCUUGUCGUUGGCGUUGUUGAACGUCUACAGCGCAUGACUACGUUCACCGAGUCUAUCCUUAUCGAACAUGAUGUCGGUUUGCCGGAACAGCGUAACGCCUGGGUUAUGGUGCAACUUCUGAGUGAUCGUCUUCACGCCGUUCAGGGGCAGCUUCACGCCGCACAAGGCGAAAUUCUUGUCGCGCAGGGCCAGGUCCAUGCCACGUAUGGCCAGCUACACGCCGCCAAUGGCCAGCUCCACACGCUACGCAAAGAGCUCGGCAAGGAGCGCCGAGAGCUCGAGGAAACCCAAUCCCAACUGAGCCGGGCGAUCGACAUCAUCGCCAGCAUAUCGGGUGCCUUCUCGAGCUAUGUUGGCAUGGGACUGGAUGGAGCGCGGGCUUUCUUUGAACAGGUCCGUUCAUCCGCGAACACGCUGUGA